AUGGAGCGUAGCCCUCCCACCUCGGACUGGACUAUCUCCGCUGUGGACUGCAGCUUGAUGCUGCUGAACUUUCUCGGCGGCAAGGUCAUCGAUGAUCUCGGCAGUGUAUCCGGGCGUGCGCUCUGUGUUAGCAAGCGUGAUUUAUUUUCGUGCGCGCUCACUGAGAUCCGAAGCCUGAUAAUAUGUAAGGAUAAUGUGGUAAAUGAGAAAAAUAUAGCAGCAGCGGGGUGUUGGAGUGUGCAGGUGUUACAGGUGUUGAAGGUGAACAGAAUUGGUCUGAUGGAGCAAAGGGACUCGGCGCAGCUCGGUACAAGAAGGAAACAAUGCGACCAGUAUGCAGACAGCACGGAUCGUACUGGAAGUUUGACACAGCACCAGAGAACUCACACAGGAGAGAAACCAUUCAAGUGCACUAUGUGUGAGAAGGCAUUUGCACAGUCAUCAAAUCUUCAGAGCCACCAGAGAACACACACAGGGGAGAAACCCUUCAAGUGCACUGUGUGUGAGAAGGCAUUUACAGAGUCAUCACAUCUAAAAACACACCAGAGAACGCACACAGGGGAGAAACUCUUCAUGUGCACUGUGUGUGGAAGCGCAUUUGCAACGUUAUCAAAUCUUCAUGACCACCAGAGAACGCACACAGGAGAUAAACCCUUCAAGUGCACUGUGUGUGAGAAGGCAUUUGCACAGUCAUCAUAUCUAAAAACGCACCAGAGAACGCACACAGGAGACAAACCCUUCAAGUGCACUGUGUGUGGAAGUGCAUUUGCAUGGUCAUCAGAUCUUCACGACCACCAGAGAACGCACACAGGAGAGAAACCCUUCAGGUGCACUGUGUGUGGGAAGGCGUUUUCACGGUCAUCAAUUCUGCACAAGUACCAGAGAAAACAUACAGGAGAUGGACCCUUCAAGUGCACUGUGUGUGAGAAGGCAUUUGCAUGGUCAUCAGUUCUUGAAAAACACCGGAGAACACACACUGGAGAGAAACCCUUCAGUUGUAGUGUGUGUGGGAAGGCAUUUUCAGAUUCAUCUGUUCUUAAAAAACACCAGAGAACACACACUGGAGAGAAACCCUUCAUAUGUAGUGUGUGUGGGAAGGCAUAUUCAUAUUCAUCUGUUCUUAAAAAACACCAGAGAACACACACGGGAGAGAAACCCUUCAGGUGUAAUGUGUGUGGGAAGGACUUUUCAGAUUCAUUCGCCCUUAAAACACACCAGAGAACACACACGGGAGAGAACCCUUUCAAGUGCACUGUCUGUGAGAAGGCAUUUGCAGAGUCAUCAGUUCUUCAGAUCCACCAGAGAACACACACAGGAGAGAAACCCUUCAAGUGCAGUGUGUGUGAGAAGGCAUUUGCACAGUCAUCAAAUCUUAGAAAACACCAUAGAACACACACAGGAGAGAAACAUUUCAAGUGCACUGUGUGUGAGAAGGCAUUUUCAGAUUCAUCUGCUCUUAAAAGACAUCAGAAAAUACACACAGGAGAGACACCUUUCAAGAGCAGUGUGUGUGGGAAGGAAUUUUCAAGUUCAUCUGAUCUUAAGAUCCACCAGAGAACACACACGGGAGAUAAACAUUUCAAGUGCAGUUUGUGUGAGAAGGCAUUUUCAGAUUCAUCUGCUCUUAAAAGACAUCAGAAAAUACACACAGGAGAGACACCUUUCAAGAGCAGUGUGUGUGGGAAGGAAUUUUCAAGUUCAUCUGAUCUUAAAAAACACCAGAGAAUACACACAGGAGAGAAACCCUUCAGGUGCACUCUGUGCGGGAAGCUCUUUGCAGAUUCAUCACAUCUUAAAAAACACCAGAGAACGCACACAGGAGAGAAACCCUUCAAGUGCACUGUCUGUGAGAAGGCAUUUGCAUGGUCAUCAGAUCUUCAGAUCCACCAGAGAACACACACAGGAGAGAAACCCUUCAAGUGCACUGUCUGUGAGAAGGCAUUUGCAUGGUCAUCAGGUCUUCAGAUUCACCAGAGAACGCACACAGGAGAUAAACCCUUCAAGUGCACUGUCUGUGAGAAGGCAUUUGCAUGGUCAUCAGGUCUUCAGAUUCACCAGAGAACACACACAGGAGAGAAACCCUUCAAGUGCACUGUCUGUGAAAAAGCAUUUGCAUGGUCAUCAGGUUUUCAGAUCCUUCAGAGAACACACACGGGAGAAAAACGUUUUAAGUCCAGUUUGUGUGGGAAGGUAUUUUCAGGUUCAUCUCAUCUUAAACGGCACCAGAGAACACACACAGGAGAGAAACCCUUCAAGUGCACUGUCUGUGAAAAAGCAUUUGCAUGGUCAUCAGGUUUUCAGAUCCACCAGAGAACACACACGGGAGAAAGUUUUAAGUCCAGUUUGUGUGGGAAGGUAUUUUCAGGUUCAUCUCAUCUUAAACGGCACCAGAGAACACACACAGGAGAGAAACCCUACAAGUGCACUGUGUGCGGAAAGGCAUAUUUAGAUGAAUCACAUCUUAAAAUACACCAGGGAACACACACAGGAGAGAAACCCUUCAAGUGCACUCUGUGCGGGAAGCCCUUUGCAGAUUCAUCACAUCUUAAAAAACACCAGAGAACGCACACAGGAGAGAAACCCUUAAAGUGCACUGUCUGUAAGAAGGCAUUUGCAUGGUCAUCACGUCUUCAGAUCCACCAGAGAACACACACAGGAGAGAAACCCUUCAAGUGCACUGUCUGUGAGAAGGCAUUUGCACAGUCAUCAGUUCUUCAUCGACACCAGAGAACACACAGGCAUCAGAAGAUCCCCAAGGAGUGUAGUCUGAAAUCGACUUGUGAAAGUCAAAGUGCUGCAAUGAGCCCAUCCCUCCUGAAAAAAGAACCAGAAGUACAUUCCAGCUUGGACACUAUGAAAUGUAUCAAGGUGAAAUGUGAAGAGGCGAUAGUGAAGAGCGAAGAAGUGAAGGUAAAAUGUGAAGAUGUGAUGGUGAAGAGCGAAGAUGUGAAGGCGCUGGGUUCCCAGGGGGUCCAGACGCUUAAGCCUCUGGGCGCCAGGCGUUGA